GUAAAAAGAAUCCUCAUAGUGAUGAAAAGGUUGAUCUUUUAUUACUUUAUAAAGAAAUAACAGUAUCUAUACAGAUUUCAUUGAGGAUGCUAUUAAAAAAUUUAAAAAUACAAGAAGGAAAGAUAUCAAAAGAAGAGAAACUACUAAAACCUUUCUCACAUGCUAGUUACUAUUUAAAUCAAUUUCUUGGUAGAAAUGUUUUUAGUAUUGAUGGGAUGCUCAAGAUGCUUUGCUUAUAUAAAGCAGUUUACAAUACGAUCAAGAAAUAUUUUAGUUUUGAUCAAGCUAAUGACAAAGCUUUAGAUGAAAAAAAGAAUAAAAAAGUUUUACAAGAAAUGAUCGAUACAAAGGUUAUAAGUCAAGAUACUAUUCUUGUAUAUAAACAAAUAUCUAAUAAUCAAGAAUUAGUUUAUUAUCAGCAGGAAAAGGAUGAAGGAUAUAAUUUAGAAAUAAAUCGAGAAAUAAAAAAUAAAAAUAUUGAGGAAGAGGAGGAUGCUGUUGUUAUAAAUAAUUCAUUAAAUAUGAAAAUAAAUUAUCAUAAUUAUCAUUUAGUACAUGAUCGCAAUCAAUAUUUACAAACAAAUAUUAAUAAUAAUUAUGAUCAUAAAUACGAUGCUGUAUAUUUAUCAGAACAAAGUUAUAAUGAUGAUAUACCAAUAUCUUAUUAA